AUGCCCACUAAGGAGCAAAUCCUGAUAUCUGCUUUGAAAUUACGGAACUUGAGUAUGAUCGAACAGACACUGGAGCAGGGUAUAGAUAUGGCUAUACUAGCGAGCACUGAACUUGGGAUUCGAGUUUUCAUGGCUGCUGCGAAAGCAAGGCUCAUGUGUCUCAUCAGCAACCUAUACGGAUUUAGAGUGCCGGUCGACUUCGAGGAUGAAGACGGCUUUACAGCGCUCAUAUGUGCGUCUCAGGAACACCAUGAUGUAGUACACUUUUUGCUCGAGAAAGGCGCCGAUGUUAACCGCAGCAACAAAUACCGCGAAGCAACCCUACAGAUUGCGGCAAAUGUCAAUGCAAUUGACGAAGAAGGUCACACGCCUUUACACGAAGCUAUCCGCUGCGGACAGCAGAACGUUGUUCAAACACUGCUUGAAGGAAAUGCUAGAAUCGGUAUUUUGGAUAUGGAUGGCAAUGAUGCUCUCCAUCUGGCGAUGAUGGCUCAUCGCCCUCCGGCAUUGGACAUGCGUCCUAUUAUAGAGCUUCUGCAGCGGACCAAGGCUAAGAGAGAUAAAGAAGUCGCUAUCGCCACCAGUACCGGCAUAGUAGCAGCAUCAGCGACCUGA